GCAACAUUAGCUUGUUGUUUGUUAGCAGCGUUAGCUUGUUGCUCGUUAGCAGCGUUAGCUUGUUGUGUGGGUGUGUGAGGUGAACCUCUGAGGCUCUGCAGCAACAAUGUCUUCAGCUCAGUCUCUGAGAGAGUUUAUCAGAGAGCGGCUAACUGCUGCUGCUGCAGAAAUAUUCUCCGAGUUUGAACAAACCAUCGUCCGCUACGAGGAAGAGAUCGAUCGUCAGCGCAGACUGCUGGAGAUCAGCUGGAAACCACAGAUCAACGUACACAGAAUAGAACUCCCACUGCAUGAUGUCAGGAAAGAUGAGGAGGUUCAGACUGACCAGCAGCUCUGGAACCAGGAGAGGACCUCCAGUUUGGACCAGGAACAACCAGAACCUCCACAGAUGAAAGUGGAGCAGGAUGAGUCAGAACCUUUACAUAUUCUAGAACAAGAAGAACUCUGCAUGAGUCAGGAUGAAGAGCAGCUUGUACUGAAGCAGGAGACGGUGACCUCCCUUGUGACUCCUGCUGAUGAGGACAGAGACCACCAUGGACCAGAACCAGACAGACACCAGCUCCUUUUGUCACAGUUUCCUGAGGCUGAGAUCAGAGCUGCUGCUCCAGAGUCUACAGAACUUCCACGGCAUUACAUCUGGGAAAAGGAGGAGGUUGUGACUGACCAGCAGCUCUCUAACCAGGAGACCACCUCCAGUUUGGAUCAGAAGGAGCCAGAACCUCCAGUAAUCAAAGAGGAACAGCAGGAAGUCUGUAUCAGUCAGCAUGAAGGGCCAUUCAUUCUGAACCAAGAAAAUGUUACCUUCAUGGUGACUUCUCCUGAAGAAACAAAUGGCUGUGAACCAGAACCAAACAGGAGCCAGCCCAUAUGUGAGAGUUUUACUCAGUUUGAAAACCAAGAUCAGGAUGGAUGCUGGAAUGAAAACCCAGAACCAAACGCCAAUGAAGAACUGACACAAAAUAAAAGGUGUCACAGAAACAGUGUAAUCAGUAAGAUUAAAAAAAAGGCUCACAGAGAUGGAAGACAAUUUUCAUGUAAAAUCUGCUUGAAAUUUUUUAGUUCAAAGAACGAUUUUACUCGUCACAUAAGAACUCACACAGGUGAGAAACCAUUUAGAUGCAAAGUUUGUGGUAAAUGUUUCUCUCGAAAUGGUAGCUUAACAACUCAUAUGAGAACUCACACAGGUGAGAAACCAUAUUCGUGUAAAACUUGUGGUAGAUGUUUUUCUACCAAAAGUAUCUUGACUAUACACAUGAGAACUCACACAGGUGAGAAACCAUUUGAAUGCAAAAUUUGUGGUAAAUGUUUUGCUGGCAGUAAUAAAUUGACAGUUCACAUGAGAACUCACACAGGUGAGAAACCAUACCCAUGCAAAAUCUGUAGUAAAUGUUUCUCUGUGAAGAAUAAAUUGACUGAUCACAUGAGAACUCACACAGGUGAGAAACCAUACCCAUGCAAAAUUUGUAGUAAAUGUUUCUCAGUGAGUAGUAAAUUGACUGAUCACAUGAAAACUCACACAGGUGAGAAGCCAUACCCAUGUAAAAUUUGUGGUAAAUGUUUUGCUGUCAGGUGUAAUUUGAAUUCACACAUAAGAACUCACAUAGGUGAGAAGCCAUAUUCAUAUAAAACUUGUAGUAAAAGUCCAUAAUCAAACAGAACAUGUUUGAUUAUGGCCCUCUAUUAUGUUGAAUCCAUUCCACAGUUUUCAUUGGUACACUCAAUCCAUCCACUCAAUCCAAAUGUGUUUCACACAUUUGGAUUUUACCGGAAUGUUUCUUCUAUCUUGUAAUUUCCAUUUUGUAAUUUGAAUUUCUUUUAUUGUUGAUUUAUUCAAUAUAAUUACUUACAACUGUACCAUGUUCAGCGCUUUGGGCUUCCUGACAGG